AUGGGAAUGGGAAUGGAUGAGUACAAGCGGAGCACGGCAAGUCGGCAGACGGCAGACAACUUGCCCCGCGAGUCAGUCACGUGCCGGGCGCCACUUCCAGGCCUCCGGAGUCCAGAAGCCUCUGCCGCCCUCCCACUGGCCCGCGGGCCCCGCGGUUCUGAUCCACAGCUCUCGAUUCCGGAAGGUGAGAACAUGUCCAUUCGACUCCCCUCUUUCUUUGUUCUUUCUUGUAUAAUAGUUCUACUAGGCCCUUUUGGUGAGAUGAGUUGGUCAAGAGCUGGGGAUCCUGAGUUGAAUAUGAUAUCAAAUCCGGUGGACUGGAAAAAAAGAAACAAUUUAGAAAUACCAGUGUCCUUAGAUUUAGUGUAUGAUACGAAGUGGAAAGAUCGGGAAGAACAAUUGUUUGAAGGUAAAUUCACUGAUGAGUUUGCCCACAGUAAUAGCAACGAACAUGAAGGUGGAGUUGAGGAUCCUGGUGUCACUAGUAGUAAGAAGUUGAAGCAUGCAGUUGCCAGUGAGAAAGUCCAAGGUCCCAUCCCCAGAACAAAUAGCUCAGAUUCACAGAAAUGUAAUUCAGAGGACAUCCAACGUGAGAACGGGAUAGUAUCCCAGAAUAUAAACAGUGCUGGUGACUGCAUAGGAGACUGCAAAAAUGGUUCCAAUGCCUUUCCUUCAAGAAAAGAAAAUACAAUCGCUGAAACCAGAUGUCCAACAGAUAACUGGAACUCCUGUCAGUUUGCACUGAGCAAUGGUUCGUCCAUUCUCAAUAACCACAGUGCUCCGCAGGAUAGCCUCACUUAUGGUGAUAAUGAUCUAAACUACAUUGAUUGGCCUGGCAUUGAUAAUUUUGAGGAUGUCGACACAUUAUUCAGGUCGUCUGAUUCCACAUAUGGUCAGCAGCAGCUGGAGAAUGCAGAUGGGUUAUCUUGGAUUCCUUCUUCAGAUGCUGUUUACUCUUCUGAUGUUGCUAUGCAGCAAGGGUUUGACUCGUCUUAUUCAGAUUAUGGUAUUCUGGAUGAUCUCUCAACAUUCCAAUGUGCAGAAGAUAAAUCACUACCCUCAGUUGAUCCUUCAUCAGCUUUAUGUGAUAAUCAAUUCAAUGAUACCUACCUGUUCAGUGAGCAAAAGAAUGUCAAUGCAUAUGGCGAACAGAUAUACCAAGAGGAUGUGAUGGAGUUGUUGCCCACUGACCAGAUAUGCAGUGGACAUGAAAACAUUGAUAUGGUUGGAAACCAGUAUUCAUCUGAAAAUGCAAUUCAAGGUAUUGAAGACAAGAAAUUCUCUAUAGCGUCAACUUCUCAGCUGAGCUCCUCUCGGAAUUUCCUGAAUCAAAGGCACCACUUAGAUUCCAGUUCACCAAGCAACAUUACUUCUGAGUCCUAUCCAGAAAAGUUCGGCCAAUCUAGCGGUUCUUUUGCACAAAGGAAUUCAAAAGCGCAGAAGAAAACUGUGAACAUGCAACCAAGACAGCCAACAAAUGAUAAUGUCAUGAACAGACAUCCUCAAACAUUGACAAGAGGAGCUUCUUAUCCUUGUGAGAACUAUGAAACUGAAAGAAGAGGAUUAGGAAAAAGAACUCUGGGGGAUCCUCAAGUUACAAUGGGUACUUCAAUGAUAGUGGAUGGUUCAUUUGUAUCAUCUGUGUCCUCUGAUAACUCAGUUGAAGAAAGCAGCUUUCGACAACUGCAGGAUGCUGUUAGUCAGCUGGAUGUGCAAACCAAAUUGUGCAUUAGAGAUGGUUUAUACCGAUUGGCACGAAGUGCGCAACAUAGGCAAGUUUUUCCAAAUAUGAUGAACAGCAAUGGAGAUAGCCAGGGUGUAAAGGAUUUGCAGAAUGCAGAAACUUCGCGCAAGUUCGUCGAUCCUCGGAGCAUCGAGACUCAGACAAACCCGAUCGAUCGGUCUAUAGCUCUGCUACUUUUCCACCAGUCAUCGGACCAUGCGGUUGUAGCUGUUGACGAUGCCUCAUCACUAAAAUCCCCUGUUGGUAACAAACAACACCAGGGCCCUGCUGCUAACCAAGGCCUGAUGCCAGCUUCAUCGGUGUAUUCCCCAGGAGGUCAGGGGACCCCCAAGGAUGUACAAUCACUGGACAAGUACUGA